GCCGGUUGUUUCCGGGUCACAGUUAGCAGAUGAGCGAUCAUGAGCAGAGUAACAACAGAAAAUGUGGACUCGUUUGUUCCCUUUCUUGUUUUUCCUCUCUGGUCGGUAGGAAAUGUCCGGAUUUGAGGAUCUGGAGGAUUUCUUCAGACGGAGACUCUUCGCUGCGGCUCGUAGAGACUUUGUAGACCAGACCAGACCGUCCGGAUACGAAGAGGAGCUUCAGAAACAGAAGAAACUGUUGGAUGUGAUUUUAACACCUGAGAUCAAACUGCAGAGAGCAGGUUAGUCUUCUGUUUUUAAUAAUAUUUGUUUCAGGGAGCUGAACUGUAAGCUAACACUCAGGUCUUUAUUCUGCCUGUAGGCCGCAGGCAGCUAACUCAUGCUAACACAAGGGGGCGUCCUUCUAACAUGAAAUCUGGGGUAUAAGGUAUUUUUAUGAAUAACUGUGUGAGGCUGAAGUGGUUUUAUGUGCAGUCCAUCAACAUUAUUAGAUCAGAUUUUUUAUGUUUUGGUUCUACAACUAACAAUCACUUCAAGUCAAUCCAAGUUUUGUCUCUAACUCGUGUAUCUGCAGAUAUUUCAGGAUGUCGUUCAUCCCUGCAAACCAACAGAAUGAGUGUAAACAGAACUGUCUUGGUAAUAUAGCAUGUUUAAAAAAAAAGUGGUCUCCUAUGGUCAACUUACCCCGCAGCUAAAGUUAGUGUCUAAAAACAGCCAGAAGAGGAGGAAAGGGUGUAAAAAGGGCUACGCGAUGCAGAACAUUCACAGCUGUAAAAGUCAAACAUUUCAACAACCUAAACUGAAACUCUGAUCCUCUCAUCAGACUCCUUUACUUUCUCAGUUACCCCUGAACUACUGUGAUGACUUUAUUAGUCCUCUGAGCUAAAAUGGUGGACUUUUAUGUUAGGUUUUUGACCUCAUGUUGUAGCUCAUAGAUCCCAAAACCAAUUUAAAAUGAUCUUUUUUGGUCUGAACACAAUUCUAAUCAAACUUAUGACAGACUAAAUUCACUUUCAAGAGUGAAAAAUGUUUUGUUGUAAAUAAAUGUCUAACCCCUUCACCCAUGUACUUCUAACCUUCACAGACUCCAUGAAUUGAUGUCCAUCUCCUAAAUAUUUAGUCACAUGAUCAAUUUCUUUGACCAUUUCUAAGAAACAGGGGUUGGUUUGACUUACCCCACUCUCCCCUACUCUGACAGUAGUAAUGUAGAUUCUGGCACUGUUAAACAUCCUGUAUUUAUUCCAGACAGUCACCGUCCUGCUUUUCUUUAACACUUAAGUUUAGAUGAUGUUGAGAUGACAGCGUCCCGUCCUCUUUGUUUCCACUUUCACAGCCAAUCAGCUAAAAGACUCUGUUAACAUAAACUCACAGAUUUUUAUGUCUUUUCUUUUGUAGUGCUUUCUUCUGAUAUCCAGCAGUUUAAUAUUAGUAAAGGGGAACCUCCAGAACCACAAGAGAUGAGCCCUAGUCCAGACAAAGAGGGCAUGAAGCCCCUGCACAUUAAAGAAGAAGAGGAAGAACUGUGGAGCAGUCAGGAAGGAGAGCAGCUUUAUGGACCAGCGGAGGAGGAUACCAGCAGGUUUCCACCCACUCCUGUUCAUGUGAACAAUGAAGAUGAUGAGAAGAAACCUCAGUCCUCAUUUCUUCAUGAAAGAAAACCUGAAGUGAUAGAAACAAGAGUUGAGAGAGAAGACUUAAAAAGAGCCGAACCAACCAGGGACUCAGACCCACAACCAGAGAUCGAGGUCACGAUUGAUGGCGCUUCUGAACCCGAGACCGAUGACAGUGAUGAUUGGAAGGAUCCUACAGAACAUCAGUCAGGUUCAAACAUCACAGAAGAUGGCCGCAAGAUGGAUAAGAAACCACACAGUUGCUCUUAUUGUGGUAAAAAAUUUAAAUCUAAAUGGAUCCUGGGUGAACACAUGAGAAUUCACACAGGAGAGAAACCGUACGGCUGUUUGAAGUGUGACAAAAGAUUUACCCAAAAAAGUCCUCUGAUCAUACACAUGAGAACUCACACUGGAGAGAAACCAUUCAGCUGCUCUCAGUGUGGGAAAGGAUUUAGUAAUAAAGCGGAUCUGACCAAACACAGUCGAAUUCACACGGGGGAGAAACCCUUCAGUUGCUCUCAGUGUGGUAAGAGCUUUAAUCUUAAAUGUAAUCUGACCAAACACAUGGCGAUUCACGCCGUGGAGAAACUCUUCAGCUGCGCAAAGUGCGGGAAGAGCUUUAGUAGUAAAUGUUAUCUGACCAAACACAUGGCAACUCAUGGAGGAGAGAAACCAUUCAGCUGCUCCAAGUGUGGUCAAAGUCUUAACGCUGAAGAAGAUCUGACCAGGUCCAUGAGAAUUCAUACAGGAGAGAAACCUUUCAGCUGCUCAGAGUGUAGGCAAAGAUCUCCACUACACACCGAACACAAGAAAGUUCCAGUGAAAGGUUCUCUCCAAAAACUGAAGUGUGUGAGCAGCCGGGGUUCAGAACCACAUCAAGAACAACCAGAGGACACAAGAGAGUCAGAAAACAGGACCUCAGAUCCAGAGAGACAUCUACAACCAGUGAUAAAAGUCAAGAUCGAAGACAGUGAGGAUGAAAUGAUGGAGUCCACAGAUCAACAAUCAGGUUUGAACUCCUGAACAUGAUUAAAUUUCUAUAUGUGAUAUGAGAUCUCAAACUGGUUACAAAGCAUGAGUAUCUAGUAUUUUGGUUUGGUCAUCAACUCACAGCUUCUCUUGACUUAUGCCUCUGUUUCUUAGUGUUUCCUGGAGACAUCCAGCAGCUGACUGUUGUCAAAGAAGAGAUUCCUGUUGAGCAGGAGUGGAGACCUGAUCUGGACCAGAAGGACAUGAAGCCCCCUCUAAUUAAGGAGGAACAGGAGAUACCCCUGAGCAGUCAGAAUGGAGAACUGCUUCAAGCAUGGGAGGAGCCUCGUAUCACCUCUUUUCCAUUCAUACCUGUCGCAGUGAAAAGUGACGAUAACGAGGACAAACCUCAGCACUCCCAGCUUAAUCAAAGACAAACUGAACAGAUGGAAAUUGGAGUUGAGGGAGAGGAGUGUGGAGGAUCAGAAUCAGUCAGAAACUCAGACCCAGAGGAACAUGUUCAUUUAGAGACUGACAAUAAAAGUAGGGGCUCCUCUGAGCUUGAAACCAAAGACUGUGUUUGGAUGGACAGCACUGACUUGGGUUUCAACUUCUUAAGAAACUCUCAAGUCCAGAGGCCAGAGACUGAUGAGAAAUCACACAGCUGCUCUGUGUGUGGUAAAAAAUAUAAACGUAAAGUUCAUCUAACCUCACACAUGGCAAUUCAUACAGGAGUAAAACCCUUCAUCUGCCCCCAGUGUGGGAAAAAAUACGCCCGGAAAGAUCGCCUGACAGAACACAUGAAAAAUCAUGGGGGGAUAAAACCCUUCAGCUGCUCUGUCUGUGGUAAAGAAUUUACCAUAAAAAGAAAUCUGACUUCACACGAAAGAGUUCACAUGGAAGAGAGACCCUUCAGCUGCUCUGACUGUGGCAAAGGCUUUACCUUAAAAAGUCACCUGACAAGUCAUCUGUUACUCCACACUGGAGAGAAACCCUUCAGCUGCAUGUACUGUGAUAAAGGAUUUACCUUCCGAAAAAACCUGAGACGACACACAUUAGUUCACACAGCAGAGAAACUCCUCAACUGCUCGAUGUGUGACAAAAGCUUUAGACGUAAAGGUGAUCUGACGACACACAUUAGAAUCCAUACGGGAGAGAAACCCUUCAGCUGCUCUGACUGUGGUAAAAGAUUUAACCUAAAAAGUCACCUGACGAGUCAUCUGUUACUUCACACCGGGGAGAAACCUUACAGCUGCACUCACUGUGGCAAAAGAUUUUAUUUAAAAACAAAUCUGACCAGACACUUGUUAGUUCACACGGGAGAGAAACUCUUCAGCUGCCACGAGUGCGGGAAAAGAUUCAGCUACAGAAGUGAUUUGACGAAACACAUGACUGUUCAUUCAGGAGAGAAACCCUUCAGCUGCUUAGAUUGUGGUAAAAGCUUCAGUCGUAAUGAGAGUCUGACUGCACACAUGAGAAUUCACACAGGAGAGAAACCGUUCAGCUGCUCAGAGUGUAGUAAAAGAUUCACCCGAAAAUAUUCUCUUACCCUUCACAUGAGAGUCCACUGAAGAGAGAAAAAAAACGUUGAUUCUGUUGUUGGAUUUUUUUAACUUAUGUUUAAUCAUUUGUAGAUUUGGCUGAGACCUCAUCAAAUGUGGUUUCUCUGCACUGGUCCACUGGGUUUCCCACUGAAUGGCACUUUACCAGUGACUUAACUGACUUUUAUAGAUCUAUGUAUUUGUAUUUAAUAUGCAAAGUUGCACUUAAACCACUGACAGGAGGGACAUACUGAAGAACCUCCGCUCUGAACAAAUGCAGCAGAGUUGUUGUCCAGCGUUACGAGUAGAUGUGAGGAGCAGAAAGCAAAUAAGAAUUUCCUUGUUGAUUUUUAGUGAAUAGCGAUCUCCUAUUAACACAAAAAUACAGUAAAAUGUAAAAAAAAAAAAAAUGGUUGGCAAAAUUCUGGAGCUGUGUGGUUACAAGAAGGUUAAAUUUAGUGCAAAGUCACCUGAACAUAAACGUUGAUUUGCUUUUGUCAACUGAAAAUGACUAAUUUGUAUUUAAAUAAAUGCAGGUCGCCCCACAUAGAGGCCACCAUUUUACUCUGCCAUGUCGCUACAGUAACACCAAAAAGAAUUUUUAAAAAAAUUAGGGUCAAGUAUUUUUGGAUUUAGCUGGUGGCAGCCAAAAAAAUAACACAGUGGCUGUUGUGUGCAAAAUAAUUAGUAUUGACGUCCAUUUUCCAUCCAUUUUCUACCGCUUAUUCCUGUUCCCGGUGUCGCGGGGGGACUGGAGCCUAUCCCAGCAUCAUCAGGUGAAGGCAGGGGACACCCAGGACAAGUCACCAGUUCAUCGCAGGGCUGACAUAUAGAGACAAACAACCAUCCACGCUCACAUCCACACCCACGGGCGGAGUGGCCAAUUAACCUAACCCCACUUCUGCAUGUUUUUGGGAUGUGGGAGGAAACCGGAGUACCCGGAGUAAACCCACGCAGACACAGGGAGAACAUGCAAACUCCACACAGAAACGCCCUGAGCCGGAUUCAAACGCUUUCUUGCUGUGAGACAACAGCGCUAACCACUACACCACUGUGCAGCCCUUAGUACUGAUGUGUGUAAUGGAAAUUAAUGUUUCCGAUGGUUUUGCUUCUUGUCUCUUAAGGCCACUGUUAGCAAAGGAGCACUUAUAUUUAAAAUCUGAUGACCAAAUAUUGACCUAGUCUCUAUUUGUACGUACUGUACCUUUAAGAUUAAACUCAAAUUUCCCUAAAGGUACCAGAGCCCGCUCAACACUGUUAGCAGCUUCAAUGUUUUUCUUUGUGUUCUUCUUUUUUUUUUUCAAACUGUGUAUUUUGUCUUUUUAAAAUAAAGAUUUAUUGAAGACAA